GAUUUUCGUGUUGCUUUGCUAGGCUUCUGCUGCUUUGCGGCUGGUUUUCGCGUUUCAAUGCUGGUUAAUGUGCGUUCAAACGCACAUUGGUACAGUGGGCAAGCUGGCCGGUAGGCUACGUUAUGGUACAUGCUUUACGGCUACGGCUACGCACUACGCACUCUGCUCUGCUCUGCUCACCAGGCCCGAGUGGUUGCACGAAUGGGAGCUUAUCGCACGUGCAGGUGCAGCACACCUUGCGAACAGCGAAGACAACUGUAGGAUAUCAUUCAUGUUUAUUCCUAAAGUCGUAAAAAAGUUGAUCCGUACUUCAAGACCCCUGCGUUUGCUAGAUAUCCUGAGUGAUGCCACCCUGAAGAAUGCAGCAGAGAAGGGGCAACAAGUCACAAUUGCCGUCGAAGGAAACAUUGGCAGCGGCAAGACGACAUUCUUGGAAAGCUGCAGACUGUUUACCGAUGCCACAGUGCUCAUAGAACCAGUCAGUACGUGGCGAGACCUGAAUGGAAAAAACCUGCUGGCAUUGAUGUACCGUGAGCCCAAGCGAUGGAGCCUGGCGUUCCAGACGUACGUGCAGUUGACGAUGCUGCAGCUCCACCUGGCUCCUGUCCAGUCGACCGUCAGACUCAUGGAGCGCUCCCUUCAGAGUGCUCGCUACGUCUUUGUCGAGAAUCUGCUCCAGAGCGGGCUCAUGGACCCUCUGGAGCACUCCAUUCUGGACCAGUGGUUCCAGUGGAUCGUGCAAAAUGAGAGAGUUGCACUCGACCUCGUUGUGUACUUAAGGACGGAACCCGAGGUGGCAAUGGAGCGCAUUCGACAUCGAAAGCGGCCUGAAGAGGAUCAAAUCUCGCUGGCCUGGCUGCGCCAAGUGCACAUGCUUCACGACAGUUGGCUGCUGGGCCGGUCCAAGUUUCCCCUGCCCCCCCGAGUCCUGGUGAUAGAUGCCAAUCGAGACUGCAUCGACGUCCAGCACGAGUUGACGCGUCGGGUGCCAGACGUGCUUAAAGCUGGCUCUGUGCCGGCCACCUCCUGGCUGGGCUUCUAGGCUGAAAGGACAGUCACACUGCCUUGGACUCUGUCCGUGAUCUAGGAGAUACCGAUUCACAAAGUUUCUUACAAAAUGUGCCCAAAAAUUUACUGUUUGCUCGUCUUUGGGAAUAUUGCUGACCCAAAUUCAUUAUGAAAAUCAGUGGAACACCUACUUAGAAUGCUCCACACAAAGUUGUGCAAGAAUUUUUAGUCGUAACAAAGUUGUUUUUAUUUCAUAAAAUGGUGCAUGCAGUGCCCGAGCACAUUAGAAAGUCAAUUAUAGGAAAAAUGUUUCCAAGAUAAUAAAACAAUGAAAGGAAUCUUGUCUUUGUUGGAAGUCAAUCUCUUUUAGGCUCAAACGGAAAUGCUUUCAAAGGUGCCUAGAGAGUCAAUUAUAGGAAAAAUGUUUCAAAGAUAAUAAAACAAUGAAAGGAA